AGGCAAACAAACGGGGCCUUAACCCUCUGCAAUCCCUUCCUUUCCCUCGAGUCCCUUCCAAUUUUUCACACAAUGAAACGCUCAGCUGAGGCCGUUCCCAUCGCCGCCUCCUCCGCCACCGCCUCCUCCUCGCUGCCGCCCAAGAAACCCGUUUUCUUAACCAAAGCCCAACGGGAGCAAUUAGCCCUCCAACGCCGCCAAGAACAAUCCGAAGACCAGAAACGCCACCAACACCAUCUUCUCUCGAGUCUCUCCCACUCGCGCCCUUCCUCCGACAACGCACCGCCCGCAACCACCACUAGUUCUGACCGAGACAGAGAUCGAGAUAGAGACAGAGACCGAGAUCAUAGGGACCGAGACCGAGACAGGGAUCGAUACUCCCGUGACCGGGAGCGAGAUUCGGAGCGGCGGAACCGCGACCGCGACCGAGAUAGGGAGCGCGAAGAGGAGGCCAAGGCUAGAGAGCGUGCCCGCUUAGACAAAUUGGCCGAGCGCGAGCGGGACAAAGAGCUGGAAGCCAUUAAAGAGCAGUAUCUUGGAUCCAAGAAGCCCAAGAAGCGAGUGAUCAAACCCAGCGAGAAGUUCCGAUUUUCUUUCGAUUGGGAGAACACAGAGGACACUUCUCGGGAUAUGAAUGCUCUGUAUCAAAACCCUCACGAGGCCCAGCUUCUGUUUGGGCGAGGGUUUCGGGCCGGGAUGGACCGAAGGGAGCAGAAGAAGCUUGCUGUGAAGUACGAGAGGGAGCUGCGGGAGGAGAUUCGGAAGAAGGACGGCGUCGAGGAGAGGCCUGAGGAGGCCGCUGCUCAGAGGCUUAAGGAGGAGGCUGCGGAAAUGUAUGACACUUUCGACAUGAGGGUCGAUCGCCAUUGGACUGAUAAGAAGCUUGAAGAGAUAACUGAGAGGGACUGGAGGAUUUUUCGAGAGGAUUUUAACAUUUCGUAUAAGGGGUCAAGGAUUCCGAGGCCAAUGAGGAGUUGGGCAGAGAGUAAAUUGAGUGAGGAGUUGCUUAAGACUGUGGAGAAGGCUGGGUACAAAAAGCCUUCUCCGAUUCAGAUGGCGGCGAUUCCACUUGGCAUGCAACAGCGCGAUGUUAUUGGCAUUGCUGAGACUGGUUCUGGUAAGACUGCUGCCUUUGUUCUUCCUAUGUUGACUUAUAUUUCGAGGUUGCCUCCCAUUAGUGAGGAGAAUGCGGCAGAAGGGCCUUAUGCUGUUGUUAUGGCGCCUACUCGUGAGCUUGCACAGCAGAUUGAGGAUGAGACUAACAAGUUUGCGCAAUUCUUGGGUAUCAAAGUGGUUUCCAUUGUUGGUGGGCAGUCCAUCGAGGAUCAAGGGUUUAGAAUUAGGCAAGGAUGUGCAGUUGUAAUUGCCACUCCAGGGCGUUUGAUUGAUUGCUUGGAGAGGCGUUAUGCAGUUCUUAACCAGUGCAAUUAUGUUGUGCUUGAUGAGGCUGAUAGGAUGAUUGAUAUGGGGUUCGAGCCACAGGUUGUGGGAGUUUUAGAUGCAAUGCCCUCCAGCAAUUUCAAACCUGAGAAUGAGGACGAAGAACUUGAUGAGAAGAAGAUAUACAGAACCACUUAUAUGUUCAGUGCCACCAUGCCACCUGCUGUGGAGCGGCUUGCUAGGAAGUACUUGAGGAAUCCUGUUGUGGUCACCAUUGGCACGGCUGGAAAGACAACUGAUUUGAUCACUCAGAAUGUGAUCAUGAGCAAGGAAUCUGAGAAACUUGAGAGAUUAAAGAGAUUGCUUGACGAACUUGGUGAUAAGACUGCUAUUGUGUUCGUUAACACCAAGAAGAAUGCUGACUAUGUUGCUAAGAGUUUGGAUAAGAAUGGAUAUCGUGUUACCACUUUGCAUGGAGGGAAGUCACAGGAGCAGAGAGAAAUUAGCCUUGAAGGUUUUCGGACCAAGAAAUACAAUGUUCUAGUUGCAACCGAUGUUGCAGGUCGUGGGAUUGACAUACCUGAUGUGGCCUAUGUUAUUAAUUACGAUAUGCCUGGGAAUAUCGAACAGUACACUCAUCGUAUUGGGCGUACUGGCCGUGCAGGGAAGACUGGUGUGGCCACAACAUUCUUGACUAUGCAUGACACGGAUGUAUUUUAUGAUCUCAAGCAGAUGCUUAUUCAGAGUAAUAGUCAUGUUCCUCCUGAACUGGCGAAACAUGAGGCCUCAAAGUUCAAGCCAGGUUCAGUUCCUGAUAGACCACCAAGGCGUAAUGAUACUAUUUUUACUCACUGAGAAGUUAGGAAUUUACCAGAGUUUUCAACUGAGGGCCCAGCUUAUUCACUGUGUAAUGGCGUUUUCAUGGCUGAGACAUCUUUGCUUAAUACUGGAACUGAAGAAUGUGGUGGUCACAUCUGCCUUGGAGGUUCUUGGCAACAGUCUCUGAGAUUCUGCCGGACCACCUCGUGGGAUGGCACUGAUUGAUAUUGGGGCUUUUCUGUGCAUGCCAGAUUUGAUGAAGCAAUUCGAUAUUAUGGUGCUGUUUUCUACUAUGGCCUUGUUGUCUGAGGUUAAAACAUGCAGAUAUGUCAUUGUUAACCUCACCUUUGUGAGGCAAGUUUGAUGAAAUUGCCCUCACAGUUCAGGCUUGAGCACGCGAAAAUCACAUAAUUAGCGUGCACCACUCCUUGGCUGGGAUGAAUGUGCAUAUUGAUACUUUUCUGCAUAAUAUGAGUUUCUGAUGAGGACAUCAACGUCGAUAGUUUAGUGUGCACCGCCCCUGGAGUCCAAUUGUCUUUUAUUUUUGUUUUGUUAAGUUUUCUGUGUUUUCACGUACUCUAAACUAUCUAAAUCUGCUGCCAACUCUGUACUACAUCAAUUUCCUUACAUACUUGAAGGACUCAUUUCCUUGUCUCCAAUACCAAAUGGUCGGGGUGUGUCACCAAAACGUAACAGUAGCAGUAGCGGAACGCGUUCCACAUCGGAGGAGGACGAGUGAAGAGUUGGUUUCGGUAUUGGCAAAAUUGAGUUAUGUUGGUCACUUGAAGUCUAGUUUUGCUGAACUUGUUGAACUGUAGAAAUUGGGUUCAAAAGCAUUUGUUGGGGGAAGGGCCAAGAUUUUUUCAUGACCGUGAAGAUUUUGAAUAGUGUGGUUGAUAUUUCAGUGGAUCAGUGUUGACAAGGA